CCGAGCGAGCAGUUGCAUAUGCGCCUCUGAACGCGGAGGAAAGAGGAGGUAGUCAGCGCGGGGGACUCUUAGAAAGCUUUCCUAAUGCUCUCACCUUGUGAAUGUUGCCUCAUUCAAAUGGCAAACUCUUGACGUAACGCGCGGGGUCCGGUGUUAUUUCUUCAUCUGCGCGAUAAGAGGAACACGCGCGGGUUAUUUUCACUUGCGCGUCGCGCGCUUCCCGCUCUCUGGAGCACUGCGCUAUAGAUGAAUGGAAUACAUGUCGCGUUGUACAUCGGAAUGACUUGCGUUAAAACGCUUGUAGCACAAAUCAAUGGUGGAUGUGUGGCUUAAAAGGCAGAUUUAUGGAGGCCUGUACUGCCAGUGCAAAACUGCGUGGGCUUCACAACAAAAUAUCAGGACGUGGGUGUCAUAGGAAGGUCGAAGUGGAUUAUGAUGCUCAGAGAGUGUGCUCAUCUGUUGUAUUACAGGAAAUGAAUGGCCUUGCUUAUCUCUAAUCGACCUUCGACCUUUGUCUGUCUAACCUGUAGAAUUUCAUACACCACCUUCAAUCUAAAUAAAGGGAGACUUGGCAAUGGGACAUUGCAUCCGUCGACAGCACAUCAGUUAGAGCCUAGGGGAGGUUUACUGGAUUCAAAAGUGAUCACUACAGCCACAAAUGGUUAAUUAUUUUUGAAGUGAAGUGCUUUUGCCACACAAUCUUUAAGAAGCAACAACUUACUGGUGAGAAUUGUGCCAACAUGAAGGACAUAUCAUUUGCGGAUUAUUUGCUAGUGGGCCUUACAGUGACUACUUUUGUUCUUGCUGCAGAAGAGAGAGUCGACUGUCCUAAGCUUUGUGUAUGUGAGGUUAGACCCUGGUUUUCUCCUAGCUCUGUCUAUAUGGAGGCUCCUACUGUUGACUGUAAUGACCUGGGACUUUUUAACCUACCCAUGAGAUUGCCAGUGGAUACACAAGUCGCUUUACUGCAGACCAACAACAUUGCUAAAAUUGAAAAACCUUUGGAUUACAUGCCCAACAUCACAGAGAUUGAUCUCUCACAAAACAACAUAUCCUUAAUAAGUGACGUCAACUUGGGAUACCUCCCCCAACUUUUGUCCCUACACAUGGAGGAAAACUGGAUAUGCGCACUACCAGACAACAGUCUUUCUCAACUGACCAACCUUCAGGAGCUCUACCUGAACCACAAUCACAUCUCCUUCAUUUCUCCAGAGGCUUUCCGUGGUCUUCAGAGCUUGCUGAGAUUGCAUCUCAACUCCAAUCGGCUUCAGAGUAUCAGCAGUGAAUGGUUUGAGCCCUUACCAAAUUUGGAGAUCUUAAUGAUUGGGGAAAAUCCUGUCCUCUCUUUUCAGGAUAUGAACUUCAAGCCUCUGAGAAACCUGCGGAGCCUGGUCCUUACAAGGAUGAACUUGUCACAUAUACCAGACGAUGCACUUCUGGGCCUUGACAGUCUGGAGAGUAUCUCAUUCUAUGACAAUACAUUCCCCAAGGUACCCCAUGGUGCUCUCAGGCAUCUUAAGAGCCUCAAGUUUUUAGACCUUAAUAAGAAUCCCAUCGGGCGAAUUCAAAGGGGCGACUUUGUGGACAUGCUCCAUCUUAAAGAGCUGGGCAUUAACAGCAUGCCUGAGUUGGUGUCUAUUGAUAGUUUUGCCCUAAACAACCUCCCAGAGCUGACUAAAAUUGAAGCCACCAACAACCAUAAACUUUCCUACAUCCAUCCAAAUGCUUUCUAUAGGCUGCCAAGGCUGGAAACUCUAAUGUUGAAUGGUAAUGCUUUAAGUGCCCUGCACAGGAUCACAGUGGAGUCCCUUCCAAACCUCAGGGAGGUUAGCAUGCACUCUAACCCUAUCCGCUGUGACUGCGUCAUGCGAUGGAUGAAUAUGAACAAGACAAACAUCCGCUUCAUGGAGCCCGACUCCCUGUUCUGUGUGGAACCCCCGGAGUAUGAAGGUCAGCAUGUGCGACAGGUUCACUUCAGAGAGAUGAUGGAGAUCUGUCUCCCUCUCAUCUCUUCAGAGAGCUUCCCCACACAAAUCAGCAUUGACAGUGGCAGAUCUGUGUCUCUGCACUGCCGCGCCUUCGCUGAACCCGAGCCAGACAUAUACUGGGUGACUCCAUCUGUGAGAAGGGUCCUUCCAAAUGCUGUGUCUGAUAAAUUCUACAUGCACCCUGAAGGCACACUUGAUAUUUAUGACAUCACUGAGAAUGAGGCUGGAUUGUACACAUGUGUGGCACACAAUCUUGUUGGGGCAGACCUUAAAUCUGUCUCGGUUGAGGUGAAUGGCUACUUCCCACUGCCUGUCAAUGACUCCCUCACUGUCAACAUCCAAUCUGUGCAGACCAACUCUGUAUUGAUAUCCUGGAAAGCCACUCAUGGUAGCUUGGCACCAAACAUUAAAUGGUAUACAAUGCCCAGUGGAAACCAUCCAACUGUGGCAUUCACUGCUAGGGUGCCAUCCGACAUUACAGUGUAUAAUCUCACACAUCUCAGCCCUGCUACACAGUACAAAGUGUGCGUGGACAUUCAUAGCAUCCACCAUAAACAUGACACCAAGUGUGUCAGUGUUAUAACUAAAGGAUUAGAACAAGCCAUAAAAGACUAUGAAAGGUGGGAUGUGGCGUUGAUUGCUGCUUUUGGUGUGCUUUUAAUUGUGAUGUCAGUGUCUUGCUUUCUAAUUUAUGUCUUCAUGAGGAACCACUGCUUUUAUGAAGAUUUGAGGAGAUACCCAUCCAAAAUGGCUCUGAUGUCUGAGACCAGCCAGCAAUCUCCCUUUACAAGGCUCUGGAUUUCUGGGAAAGGGAUACCAGAUGCUGUUGAGGUGAAAGCCACGGUCAUAAAUGUGUUGGAAAACGACUUUUAAGCUGCCCAUGCGGAGGACCACAAAUGCGAGAGUGGAAAACUUACUGUUCCAACUUGCUGUUUAUCUUUUUGCCUGGACAUAGACAUCAGAUUAAAUUGGAAAGGAUGUCUGCACAUUUAACUAGCUCUAUAGCCCCUCAUCAUGAGUUGUCAGACAUGGCAAGUGUCAAUGAAAUGGUGGCAACUACCCAGAGGUAGCAGGAGAGAGUUGCUGCUAAAAUAUGCAGUGUGAUAUUUCCAGGUCAUUCACUAAGAACAGAUGCUAUUAAGACAUGGGAAGGUGUUGUUUCUCGUACCUGACUGUUAAAUGUGUAAAGAAUAGUGGAACAGUCCAUGUGGUCCAAGCAAUACCGCCUGUGCUGUACAACAACCAUAGGCGAGUAAGGAGACCGACUGUUUGUUAAGAAGGAAAUCUCAUAGAAUAGAAGAUUGCGGUGAUUAUGAUGUGAACUUUUGAGGAAAUGUGUCAUUUUUCUAUUUAAGAGCAGAUCUGUCUUUUCAUGGCUAAAAUUGUUAUAUAUUCUAUCCAGAAAUGUAACAGGUAUGUUCUGUGCAGUAGCCAGGCUGUAAACAAGUGUGAAUUACUUACAGUAUGAAAGAUACAACUUAAGAAACAAGUCCACACAUUUGCUGAAUAAAACAAAAAAUAUGUAUAUUA